CUCCACUGUAUUAUGGAGUAGAGUAGCGGCUUGUCAGAGCGUUGGAAACAAGAUGGCGGCGUUACGGGCUGUGGUGCUCUCCGGCAGCGGGAGAGCCCUCCUCGGCACUCCCAAAACCAUAAAGACACCCAAGGCCAACAUGUCUUUUGCCAGCCUGCCUCGCAGCAAAAAGAUGGCCCUGACGACACUCGGCGUGGUCACAGCUGGCGGGGCGGGGCUCGCCAUGAUGCUGCACCAGUCUGUGAAAGCCUCAGAUCUGGAGCUCCACCCACCUAACUACCCAUGGAGCCACGGCGGACUCCUCUCGUCUCUAGACCACGCCAGCAUUCGCCGUGGGUACCAGGUGUACAAGCAGGUGUGCUCGGCCUGUCACAGCAUGGAGUACCUGGCUUUUAGGAACCUGGAGGGGGUGUCACACACCGAGGAGGAGGUUAAGACCAUCGCUGAAGAGGUGGAGGUAGUUGAUGGACCUGAUGAUACCGGGGAGAUGUUCACCCGACCGGGGAAGUCUUCCGACUACUUCCCCAAACCCUACCCCAACCCAGAGGCCGCCAGGGCGGCCAACAACGGCGCCCUCCCGCCUGACCUUAGUUACAUCGUCAACGCCAGGCACGGCGGGGAGGACUACGUGUUCAGCCUCCUGACGGGAUACUGCGAGCCUCCUGCAGGAGUGGCAGUAAGGGAGGGUCUCUACUACAACCCUUACUUCCCCGGGCAGGCUAUCGGAAUGGCCCCGCCCAUUUACAACGAGAUUCUGGAAUACGACGACGGAACCCCCGCCACCAUGAGCCAGGUGGCUAAAGACGUGUGCACCUUCUUGAGGUGGGCGGCGGAGCCAGAGCAUGACCAGCGUAAACGCAUGGGACUCAAGCUGCUGAUGGGGUCGGCCAUCUUGGUGCCUCUCAUCUACUACAUGAAACGACACAGGUGGUCGGUGCUCAAAAGUAGGAAGAUCGCCUACAGGCCGCCUAAAUAGACAUGCAUGGAGCAUGUGAGGGGAACUAGACACACACGCAUUCACACACAAACUGACAGCUACACACACACGCCUUUCUCAAGUGUAUUCCUCCAGAAACGAUAACUUUGCUCGCGUGUGAAGCGCGUGUCAUUCAAAGUUGUUUAUCUGCUGGCAACAAUCGACGUGUGUCAACAUCUGGUUUGAUUGUCUGUUUGUUAAAUUCUCAACGACCAUGUGAGGAUCACACCUCUGUUUUACUGUACAAAAUAAAUUAUAUGAAAUGAAA